AUGGCCAGCUGGAGACUGCUUCAAGCGCAGCUGCUGCUGCUGCUGCUGGGCGCAAGCGGCUCCGAGUUCCCGGUGCGGCGGGAGCUGUCGUGCGAGGGUCGCCCCGUCGACCUGCGCUGCCUGGGCAGCUACGUCAUCGCCGUCAGCUCGGCCUUCUACGGCCGCACCGACGGACAGAUCUGCGAGUCCGAGGCGGCCAAGAUGCAGAACACGGCCUGCUUGCAGGUCGAGAGCUUCCACAUCGUGGCUCGGAGGUGCAACAACAGGACGUGGUGCCACGUCGUCGCUGGCAACGAGCUGUUUGCGGACCCCUGUCCCGGGACGUACAAGUACCUGGAGGUUUGGUACAAGUGCGUCCCCUACAUCUUCCCCUGCCCGGGCAGCAUCCGCCUUGUUGGCGAGGCCUUGCACCUCCUGCAGGCGAAGCAGAAGGCCGGCUCGUGGUGCCGCGACCCGCUGCGUGCCGACGGCAAGGUGUACUUCAUGCCGUGGAUGCCCUACCGCACCAAGAGGCUCGUGGAAUACGCCUCCCUCCAGGACAUCGCGGCCAGGCUGCCGCUCACCAACUACCAGCUGCCGCACCGAGUGGACGGCACGGGCUUCGUGGUGUACGACGGAGCCGUGUUCUUUAACAAGGAGCGAACGCGCAGAAUCGUCAAGUUCGACCUGGGCACGCGUGUCAAGAGCGGCGAGGCGGUCGUCCCCAACGCCAACUACUACGACACGUCGCCCUACCGCUGGGGCGGCAAGUCCGACAUCGACCUGGCGGCCGACGAGAACGGCCUGUGGGUCAUCUACGCCACGGAGCAGAACGAGGGGCGCGUGGUAGUGAGCCGCUUCAACCCGUACACGCUGCGCGUCGAGGCCUCCUUUGAGACGGCCUACGACAAGCGCUCGGCCUCCGACGCCUUCAUGGCGUGCGGCGUCCUCUACGUCCUGCGCUCCACUUACGAGGAUGACGGCGACGGAGCGGCGAACGGCACCGCAGGAGGAGGAGGGGUGGGGGGGGGGACGAGCGACCGCAUCGAUUACGUGUACGACACCAACUCGCGACGGGAUGCACGCGUCUCCAUCCCGUUCCCCAACCCGUUCCAGUUCAUCACGUCGGUGCAGUACAACCCGCACGACGGCGCCCUCUACGUGUGGAACAACCACCACGUGCUGCGCUACACGCUGCACUUCGCCCCGCUGGAUCCCACUGCAGUCAAUAUCCUCGACUCAAAGAGCGCACUGGGGGAGCCUGGCUGGAUUGCCUCACCACCUGAAGGGUGGGAAGAAAUAAGCGGGUACGAUGAGUUCCACACGCCCAUUCAGAUGUACCAAGUCUGCCACGUGAUGAAGCCCAACCAGAACAACUGGCUGCGGACUAACUGGAUGAUGCGCGGCGGUGCCCAGCGCGUCUUCCUCGAGCUCAAGUUCACGCUGCGCGACUGCAACAGCAUCCCGGGCAUCUCGGGCACGUGCAAGGAGACCUUCAACGUCUACUACCACGAGUCGGACAGCGAGCGCGUGUCCGGCAUCCACGAGAGCCAGUACGUGAAGGUGGACACCAUCGUGGCCGACGAGACCUUCACCGAGAUCGAUCUGGUCGGCCGCAUCAUGAAGCUGAACACGGAGGUGCGUGACGUGGGCCCCCUCGCCAAGAAGGGCUUCCACCUGGCCUUCCAGGAUGUGGGUGCAUGCAUCGCGCUCGUGUCCGUGCGCGUGUACUACAAGCGCUGCCCACGCACCGUGCGCGGCCUGGCCGUCUUCCCCGACACGGUGACGGGCGCCGAAUCUUCCUCGCAUGUCGAGGUGCGCGGGGCAUGCGUCGAGAACUCGGUCGAGGAGGAGGCGCCGCGCAUGUUCUGCAGCGCCGAUGGCAAGUGGCUCAUGCCCGUCGGGAGGUGCGUCUGCGGCCCCGGCUACGAGCAGGCGGUGGAUGGGUGCCAAGGUGUUUUGUGCAGCAGGAAUCUUCACGACGAGUUCGCAAAUAAGUCGGCCGCUCUCGUCUGGCACAGCCACCAAGGGAGGAGGAAGUGGAGGAAGCACCCCAAGUUGGGGUUGUGUUUCACUCAGCCCCCGUCCAUCACGCGGCAAUCGCGGGAGGACUACGUCGUGGACUCACGGGACAACAUCGUGCUGCAGUGUGAAGCACACGGCAACCCAGCGCCCACGUUCUUGUGGAGCAAAGAUGGCGUCAGCUUUGACCCCGACAGUGACCUCCACGUGCGGCGCCCAGGCGACACUUCGGGGUCCUUCACCGUCGACUUGGCGGCCGCGGCGGCGGCGGAGGGCGGCGGUGACGGUGACAGUGACGGUGACGCGGUGGAGGUCUACCAGGGGGUCUACCGCUGCUCGGCGCGUAACCGGGCUGGCACGGCGCUCAGUGCCAACAUCACCGUGAGGCUGGCGCGCGCCCCACGGUGGCCGCGUGAGCAGCUGGCGCCCGUCAUGGCCGCCGUGGGCUCCCCGGCCGUUCUGCACUGCCGCCCUCCUCCCCACGGCUUCCCUCCUCCCACCGUCUUCUGGCUGGACAGCUCCGUGGAGAAAGUGCCGCUGGAUGGGCGAGUAACGCAGGGUCCGGAGGGUGACCUGCAUUUCGCCAACGUGCUCCCCGGCGACGAGGGUGACUACGUGUGCCACGCUCGCUACCCGCACACGGGGGGCACCAUCCGCCACAAGCAGCCGCUACGGCUGGUCGUCACACGCGAGCGUCCGUCAAAAAGCCGGCCGGUGUUCGUGGAGCCCGCGGGGGAGACGAGCAGCAAGGUGGUGCUCACCGGGGAGACGCUGCUGUUGACGUGCAUCACACGAGGCCUCCCCACGCCGGAGGUGAGCUGGAGCAAGUGGGGUGGGGUGUUGCUGUCGUCGGAUGAGGAAGCCCACGACCCCGGCACGACGCUGGCCAUCCGCAACGCGACGCUGUCACACGGCGGCAGCUACCAGUGCCGCGCCUUCAACAGCGAGGGUGUGGCGCUGCACACCGUCACGGUCACCGUGGAAGCGAAGCCGCACUGGUUCGCUCCGCUGCCAGAGAGCCGCAGCUACGCGCCGGGGGACAGCGCCGAGCUCACGUGCUUCGCAAGCGGAAUCCACGCACCGACCAUCCGCUGGUUCCUCAACGGCGUGCCCAUCGACGAAGCCCCCGCGGUGCCGGACCGGCGGGUGGACCGCGACUUCCUGACGCUGCCCUGGCUGCGGGAGGAAGACACCGGCAUGUACCAGUGCCAGGCCUCCAACCGUCAUGGCACCAUCCUGGCCAACGCCUACGUCAACGUCCUGGCCGUGGCCCCACGGAUGCUGUCGAAGCCGGACAGGCUGUACACGGCCACAGAGGGACAGGCCACGUACUUGGAAUGUGCCGUAUUUGGGUUGCCACGUCCCAACAUCCUGUGGUUCCAGGGCGAGCACAGCGCAUCCCUGGCGAGCGAGCGCCACCAAACCUUCGCCAACGGCACGCUGCUCAUCUCGAACCUGUCGCCUGCCGACUCCGACACGUACACCUGCCACGCGGUCAACAAGCUGCACCACCAGCAGCUCCAGGCACGCCUCUACGUCGAAGCCCGCUCCUCGUCAGAAGAAGAGGCGGUCGCCACGACGACUCAGAGCCCCUUCGUCAUCUCCGCAAUGGGCGUGGUGGUGGCGGCGGCGAUGCUCCCGCUGGUGACGCUUGCGGUGGUCGCCGCGUGCCUGUGA